AUGCGUUUCAGUUCACUAUGCUCUUUGUUAUGCCUUCUCGUGUUCAGCCAAUCUCCGGGUUCAUUUGCAGCAACAGACUACACUUCACUCGUUAAUUUGUUUAUCGGGACAGCUUCAAGCGGAAAUGCAUUUCCUGGCUCCGCAAUUCCUCAUGCUAUGGCCAAGGUUGGAAUCGAUGUUAGCACCACUCCGCGCCAGGCAGGCUAUAAAUCUGGGAACGCUUCAAUCACAGGGAUAUCUUUGAUGCACGAUGAAGGCACCGGCGGGAAUGCCGCAGGAGGAUACGGAAUAUUUCCAUUGUUUCCUUUAAACAAUUGCUCUUUUCUAUCAUGUCCAGUAGGAAUAACAUUCCGUGCUGCGCUUCGAGCAGCUGGCAAAGAUGCUGCAUCUCCUGGAUAUUUUACGACAACUUUUACAAACGGGAUACAAAUAGAAACAACGUCCACCAGAAGAGCAGGCCUAAUCCGGUUCACUUUUCCGACGAGCGGUACAAAUUUCCUAGUAGCAGAUCUUACCAACGAUUUAGGACGCUCUUUCCAAGGCGGAUCCAUCUCAAUUGCACCAAGUGGCAGGGUCAAGCUUGGCGGUACAUUUCUACAGAGUUACGGUCCAAGUAAUUAUACGGCGUUUGCCUGUUACGACUUUGUGCAGCCUUCCGCACCUUCUUCUCUCACGCAAUUCGGCACGUAUGCUUCUUCGACCAAAGCGCCAGCCUCAAUAUUCGUAACGUCAGGAAACACAUCACUGAAUUAUCCCUAUAGUUCGAGUACAAAUCCUAUCCAGGCGGGCGGUCUGUUCGCUUUCAACUCGUCUUCAGUGACCGUUCGUUUCGGAGUUUCUUUCAUUAGCGCUAACCAGGCGUGCUCAAACGCGGAGUCAGAAGUACCGACUUGGGAUUGGAAUGCCGUCCAACAAGCCUCCAAAUCCAAGUGGCAGGAUGUUCUCAGUAGAGUCGCAACGAACGUGGCAUCUGAAAAUCCCACUAUCGUACAACUUUUGUAUUCAUCGCUCUAUCGCGCAUCAUUAGUUCCUGCGAAUAUGACUAACGAGAACCCUUACUGGACUUCAGCGUACCCGUUCUAUGAUUCUCUCUUUUGCUCAUGGGACACAUUCCGCACAGUCCAUCCCCUUCUUUCUCUUCUCUCCCCAUUUGAAUGGGCCGAAAUAGUUAAUGCCUACGUAGAUGGAUGGCGCAACACAGGAUACAUUCCUGAAUGUCGAUCUAAUACUAAAGCUGGAUAUGUGCAAGGAGGAUCCGACGGAAUGCCGAUUCUGGGAGACUUUGCUGUCAAGUACGGAGGCCGUGCUUCUCAGCUAGGAGUUCCCAUAAACGAUCUCUACCAAGCGCUUGUCGACACCGCUGAAAACACUCCACCUGACUGGUAUACAGUUGGUCGCCAGAAUACUGCCUGGAAAACUUUUGGGUACAUCCCCACGGAUUGGGUUGAUCCUUCGGGAUCGACUGGGUUGCCCACGCGAGAAGCCUCUCGGGCAUUUGAGUAUGCAGUGGGAGACUUUGCAGUACGGCAAGCAGCUAAAGCCUUGAAUAAAACAUCGGGAGAUAUAACGAAAUACACCAACCGCUCCAUGAACUUUGUGAAUCAUUGGGAUCCUAGCGUGACGAGCAACGGAUUUUCAGGAUUCGCCCAGCGAAGGUACCCUAAUGGGACUUUUGCGUUUAGCCCUCCUGACGCGUGUUCGCCCGUGGACCCUACACCUCACUCAUGUGCCAGAGGGACUGAUAAUAACGUUGGCUUCUAUGAAUCUUCCUCGUGGGAGAUGAGCUUCUUUGCUCCACAUUCCAUGUCCACCAUCAUUCGGCUUAUGGGAGGAAAUUCUGUGUUCAUCAACAGAACGGACACUUACUUCUCUAAAGGUUAUUUCCAAGCUGGCAAUGAACCAUCCUUCCAAAUCCCUUGGGCAUACCACUACGCAAACCGCCCGGAUCUCACGGCUCUCCGCGUAAGGCAAGUAGUCUAUGGGAACUACAACACUGGGACGGGAGGUAUACCAGGCAAUGACGACUCGGGGGCAAUGGCAGCGCUUCUUAUCUUCCACCUCCUCGGUUUGUACCCAGUUCCUGCAUCUCGCCAGUUGCUGCUCUCGACGCCGUUUUUAUCCUCGUAUACUUUGCACAACGGCCUCCUCGGCACUGACACGACUGUCACCGUUUCCGGCUUUGACCCGGCCACGCUUGUCAAGGCUCCUCCUACAGGAAGCCGGUUGUAUGUGCAGAGCGUCACUAUCAAAGGCAAGGCGAGCAGUUCUGUGUGCUGGAUCCAGUUCGACGAUCUCGUUGGAGGUGGUCAGAUCGUGAUCACGGUGGGCGCCACUCCACGAACAGAUGGCUGUGGGUCGGCGUCGAAUUCUUUACCUUCGUCUCUUGAAAGUGGAGGGUUCUAA